GGAGUCAUCCUUCAGAGAGGCCUUCAAGAAUCAAAAUCCCAUUGCACAAGUCUAAGACACAAAUGUGGAGUGAAUUUCUGUAAUAUUAAAGACUUAUAUUUUCAGCAUUGGCAUCUACAAUUACAACACUUGGAAUAUGGGACUCAUAACAGAAGUUGCUUUCGAAUUGAAAAGGUUUUUAUUCAGUCAAUGCUUUUGGGGAUUUGAUAUGGUGAAGAUAACUGAUCCCAUUACAACAACUGUUUAUGAGUGCAGUUGCUCAUGUGAUCUAACAUGCAAUAUGGGAUGGGUGAUAAUUCCUUGUAAAAUUGGAAAUCCUCCUGAAGAAGUAGUUUGCCCAGGGGCUCCAGUUCAAACUACCAAUGCUCCAGCUCAAACAACUGAUGGUCUGGUCCAAACAACUGAUGCUCAAAUCCUAACUACUGAAUCUUCAGUCCAAACCCCAGAUGCCACAGUCCAAACAACUGAUGGUUCAGUCCAAACAACAGAUGAUGGUGCAGUACAAACUACUGAUACUCCAAUCCAAACAACUGAUGGUUUAGUCCAAACAACAGAUGGUCUAGUCCAAACUACUGAUGACGGUGAUGUUGCAACUACUAAUGCUCCAGUAUAUACAACUGUUGCUCCAGGGCAGACAUCAGGUUCAGAUGCUUCAGUGCAGACUUCUGAAUCUUCAAUGCAGACUUCUGAUACUUCAGCACAGACUUCUGAUAUUUCUGUGCAGACUUCUGAUAUUCCAGUCCAGACUUCUGAUAUUCCGGUGCAGACUUCUGAUACUUCAGUGCAGACUUCUGAUAUUUCUGUUCAGACUUCUGAUACUUCGGUGCAGACUUCUGAUAUCUCGGUACAGACUUCUGAUAUUCCAGUGCAGACUUCUGAUAUUCCAGUGCAGAC